GAUAUCAAGUCAUUGACUGCGGAUUUGACCAAUAAAACUUCGUUACUUGAUUUCUCUGUUGAUCAAAAGCGAUUGUCUUUACCUUCGCCUCCUUCUACACCGGCGCCCCGCACUAAUGUAUUGCGAGAUAUAGCUAAUAUUAUCAAUUCCGAGACGGAUUUUGGUACCUCUGGAAGAAAAAACCAUAACUUAGAUGUCCCUAAAAAUAUGUCUAAGGACUUUAAUCCUCGUGCCGUCACUUUUACUCAAGGCU